GCACAACGUUUUCCCUUUCCGCUACGAGCGAUUCGUGACGGCCAUGUCCAAGUUUUCCUCCUUAGAAAAUUUAAACAUUAAUAACCGAUACAUAAACGGCGUCAUGCUGCGAAACAUGGCAAACAAAUUGAACCACUGCUUGAAAAAUCUUUCUCUCGUCAUCGAGGGCGACGUGCGAGGUAUCGAAAUUCCGGCUGACGUUUGGACGGAGUUCGGGGAGAGGUGCCCCGGGGCGGAAGUCAGCAUAUAUCUCUGCACGACGGUCGUUCGCGGUAAUGACCUGCGAACGACGUUUGUCCGAGGUAUUCCGAUUGGAAACGUGUACCUGACGUCAUGGUCAAGAGUGGACGAGACGGAGUCAAGACUGGCCGCGCUGCUUCGACAUCUUGGAAAUCUUUACCACAACUCUAUGAACAGUUUCGCGAUGUUCUUUGAGCAGCAUGAGCGCAUCGACGCGGGUCUCCUCUUCCUGCUCCGUCGGUGUCGGCACCUGGAGGACCUCUGUGUGCAGGCGCGCCUGUCCGCCGACACCGUCAUUGAGAUCAUGAAGUUGCAGCAUCAGAACCGUCUAGCCCUGAAGUCCAUCAACCUGACGGUGCCCGGCCUGACAUCCGACGACUGGCGGCGCAUUGACGCCGAAAAAGAGCGCCUACUGACCGCCGUCCCCGACUUCAUCUACGUCGGCCCCACCGAGUUCGGCUCCAGCACGAGCGGCAGCAGCACGGACAGCAACGAUGACGUAAACGAAGACGUAGACGACGUUGGCGAUGACGUCAUUAUCGAUGAUGAUGACGCAGUUUUCCUGAUCAACCCGAAUAACUUGGAUGUAGAGGUAGAGCUGGAGAGAGACGAUGAUGCUGAUAAUGAGGAGGAAGGUCUGGGGUUCAUCUUGCCGCCUCGUGACAUGAAUAACAAUGAUGAUGACAACAAUGCGUUGGAGAAGUGGCGUCCAGGAGCAGGCUUACGCUUUUUUCACGGACAACGAUGGUAUAUGAGCCGCGUUCUUGAAACUAGGCUAAACGCAUGUGCGUAAAAUAACGUCCCAGAUUAGCAUGUUCUGUCCGAACAUGCUAAUCAGGGGCGACAAUUUCCGCCUCAAAAGGAUUUCCGGUUAGAGAAACUUCCUUUAACCGAGAAAUUUAAUAAAUGCUCAAAGUGUCGUCCCUGAUUGGCUUGUUCGGACUGCACAUGCUUAUUAUGGACGACACUUAGCGCACAUGCAUGAAGCUUGGACGACACUUAACGCACAUGCAUGAAGCCUGGACGACACUUAGCGCACAUGCAUUAAGCCCCGUUUUUCCAGAACGAUGUUCAUAUGUAUACAAUUAUACAGUUGAUGUGUAGUUAUUGUUAAAUGGCAUUUAUGGGCUGC